AUGCUGCUGUGUGGAGGUAGUGCUUUGCUAUGCUUUGGCUUUGACUACAUCCUGCUUGCGCUUACAUUGUUGGGUGCCAGCGUUGCGGCAGGGAUUGUAGAUGGAAACACGCCCGCGAUGCUUGCAGACCGGAGCCAGGAGAAGUACGGUGGGACAGGCCAGGUGUUCGUUCUGUCAAACGUGGCAGAUCAAGCCGCAUUUAUUCUGGGACCCAUCGUUGGCAGCAGCGUCUGUCAGCAGGUGUCCACAUUUUCCGGGCGCGAUGACGAGCCGCAGAAGAGCGCCAAUCAUUCCAACACAAAACACCUGUGGAAGGAGUUGGGGGUGGCAACGCGGUGUUUGCAACACAGAGGGGAGGUGGCCGACGGUAUUGGUUGCGUGGGUAUUCCCAUCCACCUGUCACAAGCUUUCAUCUAUGAGAAGCCCGGCACUCCGUACCCCCGGGGAGCCAUCUACGGGCGCUUCGAUCACCCUACAAGGCAGAAGCUAGAGCAGUGCCAUUCGUCCUGCGAGAUGUCCGCACACGCUUUGGCCUUCAGCACCUAUGAGGCAGCUGUCGCGAGUAUCAUGGCGAUGCUAAAAUCAGGCGAUCGGAUGCUGGUCCUGGGGCUGCGGCACGACGAGAGCUUGCUGCGUUUUUUCAAGCAACUGGCUACGCGGCGGGCUUUUCAACUCCAGGACAUUGUGUGCCCGACGGGUCUGUCAUCGGCCGAUCGUGCCGACAUGCUUUCCGGCGCGAAGAUGUGUUGGCUUGAUGGUGCUCGACAUGACAAGACGGAGAUCAUGGCUUGGGGCAGAGCUUGCAGAAAGACCAGUGUUCAUCUUCUCGUGGAUGGGUCCGCAUGUCCGCCAACUUCUCAACUCCUUAUGGAAGGUGCGUCAAUCGCUAUCUAUCCAUGCAAUACAUUUAUCGCCGCCCGCGCGGACAUUCGCACCUGCAUGCUUUCUACGACUGAUCCUGCUGUCUUCAAGAGCGUCAACUACUUUCGGCAGACCUUGGGAAGCACACCUGGGAAUUUUGAUUGCUAUCUGGCCUUUCGAGGGUUCAUGAGUCUGAAGGCACGGCUCGAUCGCCAGGCUGCAACCACCACGUACCUCGUAGGACAGCUUCGCAUGAGUGAGACCCUUCGAGUGGAAAGCGUGGCUCAGACGAGCUUCCAGCUGCGGAUUCUGGGUGCAGCUUCUGACCAGGCUGCGACGGUCUUGGAUGGCCUGUCCAGACUGUCAUUGGUCUGCUCACAAGAGCCCCGUUCAAGUCUCAAGUUCGCUUUUUGCCCGAACAGCUCUCCAGAGCAACCGCUGAAUUCCACUUCUAACUUACCUUGGUCGGCCGUGCGCACACAUGCCUGGGCGGUUCCGGGUGAGCUGCACAGCGGGCCGCUGGUGCAAGUCCAGAUUGGUUUGGAGUCUCCUGGUGACUUACUUCGGGAGAUCUUGAGCGCCUUUUCCAGCCGUCCAGAUUGCGGCCCCGAGGAACAUCAAUCCCCUGAAGGCUUCACCAGCCGCAUGAUGAAAGCUGCAUGUGAUCCCUCAGAUCCGGAUGCAAAGAGCGCCUGUCCCCAGUAUCCACUGAAUGAACUCAGCAUCUUGGAGAGGAUGAUGGCAGAGGCCCAUAAUGCAAAUUUUGCCGUAGCCUUUGCUAGUGGCUCUGCUACCUAUCAUGCACUCCUGGAUCAGCUGUCCCCGGGCGACCAUGUGAUUGCAAGCAACAGGCUCUACGUUGGUGCAUUCGAGGCCUUCCAAGAUAUCGCUGCAGAAGCCUAUGAUGUGACAUUCACCUUCGUCGACUUGGAUGACUGGGUCGGAGUGGCUGCUGCCAUCCUGCCAGAGACGCGGCUGUUGUGGGUGGAGUCCGCGUCAAACCCCCUUGGACACCCUGCUGACAUACCACGCCUCGCCCGACUAUGCCGUGAGCAUCGUGCGCAACACCCAGAGCAGCUUUUGCAUUUGGUGGUGGACAAUACGUGGUGCGGGCCGUGCAUGCUGCAGCCAUUGAUGCAGGGGGCCGACUUAGUCGUGGAGUCUCUGACCAAGACCAUUGGUGGUCACUCCGACCUUAUGAUUGGUGCCGUCUGCACAAAUGUCGUUCAGAUGCAUGAUGAGCUGCUGGAGACUCGCGGGCGACUUGGCAACGGCCCCGCACGGCUCGACUGCGAUCUGGCAGUGAGUGCCUUGGAUUGCCCAGAAGCGCGCAUGGAUGUCAUGGUUGCCAAUGCUCGAAGACUUGCAGCUGCGCUGGAUGCCCAUCCCAAGAUCAGCAAAGUUCAUGCUUCUGAGUUUCACUCGACGACCGGGACCAAGGGAUGCCCCACCAACAUGAUCGCCUUCUAUGUUGAUGGCAAGAAGGACGAUGUUGUGAGAUUUCUCCGCAACCUGCGGCUAAUCAAACUGGUCGGAUCCUUCGGAGAUUCCUGGCUGCCUUUGUUAGCAGGCCCUACACGAUGUUUGCCGGGACAGGUGCAGAUCUGA